CUUGGCUGGCUGGGGUUGGGGGGGUAGUCGUGCUGGAGCUUUAGGUGAGGGCGGCAGGCAGGCGCGGAGGUGAGGCGGGUUUUUCAGACCCUAGCGACCAUGUUUCGGAGACCUGUAUUGCAGGUGCUUCACCAGUUUGUAAGACACCAGUCAGAAGUAACGACCAGUUUGGUUCUUGAAAGAUCUCUGAAUCGUGUGCAGUUACUGGGACGAGUGGGUCAGGACCCUGUCAUGAGGCAGGUGGAAGGAAAAAACCCGGUCACAAUAUUUUCUAUGGCAACAAAUGAGAUGUGGCGCUCAGGGGACAAUGAAGCGUACCAGAUAGGUGACAUCAGUCAAAAGACAACGUGGCACAGAAUAUCAGUGUUCCGGCCGGGCCUCAGAGAUGUGGCUUAUCAGUAUGUCAAAAAGGGGUCUCGAAUAUUUGUGGAAGGGAAAAUAGACUAUGGUGAAUACACAGAUAAAAAUAAUGUGAGGCGACAAGCAACAACCAUCAUAGCAGAUAACAUUAUAUUUCUGAGCGACCAGACCAAAGAGAAGUAAUAGAAUGGACGAUUCUCCUUUGGCCUUUGUUUGGUACAGUCUCACUUCUGAAUCAUGUGUAAUGUAUAGUCUGAAUAGUUUCUAGUAACAAGAAUUAAAAUACCCUUUUAUAUAAAA